AUGAUCUGGGAGCAUGGACUCGAGCUGAUCGUGAUGUUGACCAACUUGGAGGAGUAUUCGAAGGUCAAAUGUAGCAAGUACUGGCCAGAUGAAGUACGAGGAUCUAGAGCGUUCGGCGCCAUCACUGUGCACCAUGUAUCGGAAAAACGGUACUCUGAUUAUAUAGUGAGAGAGUUGAAGAUCGUCAAACAACCGACCAAUUCUGAAGGACAACCCAUCGUUGAGAACAAUGGUGUUGCCAAAAGGAAUGGUGAAUGCAAGGAUGCAUCGGAAUGUAGCGCGCCCACAUCGCCCAGGGAGGGCAAGGACGCGUGCGAGACUCGUAUCGUGAGGCAGUACCAUUUCCUCAUGUGGAAAGAUUUCGCGGCGCCAGAACAUCCACACUCCAUACUAAAAUUCAUCAAGGUCAGUCGAAAAUUCAUGACAUCACUCCCAUACGUACACUAA